UCCGUCUACGUUUAUAUACGCCACUGCUAAGGCAUUUUGUCUAAGCCUCCUGGAAGCCAUUUAUCAAAUUUGACUUUUGCAUAUUGUUUUAUGUCUACUAGCUGUGGAUAUUGUUUGGAUAUUAGAUAUCUGUGUUUAAGACUCAUUAGUCAUUAUGUUAUAUGUUUUAAAUUUUAUUAAAUCUCUGGAUUAACUCCAUUUUAUAAGUUGAAAGUUCAUAAAAAUUUACUAUAGUAUCCAUUGACAUAUGAUUGUUUUUUGUUUGCAAUUAACAAAUGGCAUUGGGCUACAUAGUUGCUUAAAUAUUUUUACUGUUAUUAGUAAUAUUUAUUUUAAAUUAUUAUCGUAUUGUUUCUUUUCGAGCAGUCGUUUAUUUCUUAUUUAACCGGUGGGCAACAUGAAAGUAUCGGUGCCUAGAUACUCGACAUGUUUGGUGUUUCAGAUGUUAUUUAUGUGCUGUGAUUUGUUAUUUAAUUGUUGGAGUCUCUUUCCAAAGAGUCGUGGUGGACUUCUUCUGUUAUUCUUUUUUCAGGAUUUGUGCCUUGUGUUGGCAAUAACAUCAAUUUUGAUACCUUUGUUCUCUACAUAUCUUUUUCAAGCUGGGUUAAUGGAAGUUUUGAUCCGCAAAUUUAGAAUGGCUGGAAUUGUGAUUUUAGCAUAUUUUUUGCUGUCCAUUGCUUUGCAGUCUGCAUGGAUGAUUGAAAAGUGGGAUGAUACAGAAUCCGUCUCAACACCCCUUGUAAUGGUUUUAUUUACACUUCAAAGAUGCAUGGCUCCCGGCUAUUACUUCUUCUAUAAGCGUGCUUCACUCAUGGUAAGUGACCCACGCUUCUAUGAGGAUGUCGACUGGAUCAACCGAAAUAGGACUGAAAAGUAGACUCAAAAAACAUGCCACAAAGAAACGCUAAUGAUGAAUAAUGAUGAAAUCAUAUUAACAUUUAUCAAUUAGUUUAAUAUUAUUAUUUAUCUGUAGAGGCUGCUCUCGUGCCAGGUGUUAAACCUUAAGACUGUUUACCAUAUUAGGCUACAAACAUGAAUAAGAACUUACUUUUAGGGAGUACUCAUAAAUAAUCAUAAUAUCUAAGAAGUACUCAAACCACCUGUAUCUCUAGGUCUACAUUGAUCUCAUUAGGCAUUAGUACUAAUCCUAUUUAAGGAAUGUGAUUGUAAACUUUAAUUCUAGUCUUGUAAGCUGAUCUCAAUGCUGUAUUAUUACUAUGUGAAUAAAUGUGUGUAAAUGAAA